UUUUGUUUACAUAGCAGGUGGCCCUGACGUCACACGGGGUCGCAGUACGCCCAAAAAUAACAACACACCUCCGCGCACAAGCAAGUGCCUCCCCUGGGGGGGUUUCUAGUCCCAAAUAUACUUGCUUGCUGGGAUACAGCUUGAUGUGUGUUUGAAUCGUAACGAAGAAAAAAACAAGCCGCUUCUUCCUCGCAUUGCGCGUCAUUCAAACAGGGCUAAGUGUACUGCUUUUCCCUCUGUUGCAUUAGUAAUAACAGCGGCGUUGACGGGAGACAGCAGGAGAGAGAGUGUGUGUGUGUCUCCGACAGCGGUGCCCAGCGGAGGAAUAUUGAGCUUUUUAUUUACUCUGCAGCUUGUUGUUCAUUUUCUCUGCGUUAUGGUGAACUUGGACAGUCACGUGUGAAGAUCUCUGCAAGUAUAGAGGACGACAACUUCUCACCUGGUGUGUCCCUUUGACUUUACCGUGAGGGAAAUAUACCUGCCAUUUUUUGUGAUAGCUGACAUCGCUGGACUCCUUCCAUUCCUGUGACGGACAACAACAGCAAGUUCUCUCCCUUAGGGAUGAAAUAUGCACAUGCACACUCUGCACCCGUAGAACAAAGAAGACGACACACACUGUAAAGUCCAAAGUGGUUUUAAAUCAUGAUGAUGCAGGAGUCGGCCACAGAGACAAUAAGCAACAGUUCAAUGAGUCAAAAUGGAAUGAGCACCCUAAGCAGCAGCCAAUUAGAGGCUGGCAGUAGAGAUGGGAGAUCAAGCGCUGGUGACACGAGCAGCGAAGUAAGCACAGUCGAGCUGCUGCAUCUGCAACAACAGCAGGCCCUACAAGCAGCGAGGCAAUUACUCUUGCAGCAGCCAGGCAGUGGCCUGAAAUCUCCAAAGAGCCAGGACAAGCAGCGUCCACUGCAGGUUCCAGUGUCGGUGGCCAUGAUGAGUCCCCAGGUGAUAACGCCGCAACAGAUGCAGCAGAUCCUCCAGCAGCAGGUGCUUUCCCCUCAGCAGCUCCAGGCCCUGCUCCAGCAGCAGCAGGCUGUUAUGCUACAGCAGCAACACCUGCAGGAGUUUUAUAAGAAACAACAGGAGCAGCUUCAUCUGCAGCUUCUCCAGCAGCAGCACCCUGGCAAGCAGGCUAAAGAGCAACAGCAGCAGCAGCAGCAGCUGGCCGCCCAGCAGCUCGUCUUCCAGCAGCAGCUCCUGCAGAUGCAGCAGCUCCAGCAGCAGCAGCACCUGCUCAACAUGCAGCGGCAGGGCCUGCUCUCGCUGCCAGGGCCCGCUCCCGGCCAAGCCGCCCUGCCCGGACAGACCCUGCCCCCGCCAGCUGGCCUGAGCCCCGCAGAGCUCCAGCAGCUGUGGAAGGACGUGACCGGAGGCGGUGGUCACAGCAUGGAGGACAACGGCAUCAAACACAGCAACAGCGGCAACGGCAAUGGCAACGGCAACGGCGGGAGUGGCGGCGGUUUAGACCUCUCCACCAACAACUCUUCUUCAACUACCUCCUCCUCCAAUCCCGCCAAAGCAUCACCGCCCAUCUCUCACCAUUCCAUCGCCAACGGCCAGUCCCCCGCCCUCAACCACAGAAGAGAGAGGGAAAGGGAACGAGAAAGGGAGCGAGAGAGUUCAUUACAUGAAGAAAGUGGAGGGACCCACCCCCUGUACGGUCACGGUGUGUGUAAGUGGCCCGGCUGUGAGAACAUCUGCGAGGACUUCGGACAGUUUUUGAAGCAUCUAAACAGUGAACAUGCCCUCGAUGAUCGGAGCACAGCUCAGUGUCGAGUCCAGAUGCAAGUCGUACAGCAGCUGGAAAUACAACUUUCUAAAGAACGUGAGCGUCUUCAGGCGAUGAUGACCCACUUGCACAUGCGGCCCUCGGAACCGAAGUCAUCUCCCAAACCACUCAACCUGGUGUCCAGCGUCACCAUGUCCAAGAAUUUGCCCUCAGCAUCACCCCCCAACUUACCUCAGACACCCACCACGCCCACAGCACCGAUCACGCCCAUGGCCGCCAUGCCCCAGGUGCCAUCAGUACUGGGAGGAGCAAACGUCCCCAGCAUGGGAGCCAUGCGCAGACGCCACUCGGACAAAUACUCCAUGCCUCUGUCGUCAGGUGGUGACACAGUAUUUAUUUUUCCAGAGAUUGCCCCAAACUACGAGUUUUAUAAGAACGCAGAUGUCAGACCGCCAUUUACUUAUGCAACCCUCAUAAGACAGGCUAUCAUGGACUCUGCCGACAUGCAGUUAACGCUUAAUGAAAUCUACAGCUGGUUCACACGCACAUUCGCCUACUUCAGACGCAAUGCUGCAACUUGGAAGAACGCAGUGCGCCACAACCUCAGUCUGCACAAGUGCUUUGUGCGCGUGGAGAACGUGAAGGGGGCGGUGUGGACGGUAGAUGAGGUGGAGUACCAGAAACGCAGGUCGCAGAAGAUCACAGGAAGCCCAUCACUUGUCAAGAACUUGCCCUCCAGUCUUGGUUAUGGAACUGCACUAAACGCCAGCUUACAGGCUGCCCUGGCAGAGACCUCCCUGCCUUUGCUGGGGACCCCCGGCCUCAUGAACAGCAGCUCCACGGGUCCGAUGGGAGGCGGCUGCCACGGCCUCCUGGGCGGAGACCCAUCCGGACUGACGGGCGGAAGUCCACCCGGACUGUUGGGCGGGAGCCCGCCAGGACUGCUGGGUGGCAGCCCCCCAGGUACGCUGAGCGGCAGCCCCCCCACCCUGUUGCAGUCCACCCAUGAGGAGCUCAACGGCUCGCUCGACCACCUGGACACCAACGGACACAGCAGCCCCGGAUACUCCCCACCAGUACACAUGUGUUUUCCAGUUACUUUAAAUUUUUCACAUGACAAACUUAAGUGGCCUCCCGUUCACGUGAAGGAGGAGCCACUCAAUAUGGAUGAUGACGACUGUCCGAUGUCACUGGUGACGACAGCCAAUCACAGUCCAGAGCUGGAGGAGGACCGGGAGCUGGAGGAAGGGAACUUAUCAGAAGACCUCGAGUGACUAGGAUACAGUUUUUGGUCGACGUAUCCCUUCACCCAGCCGCACUGUUUCUCUCACACAGACCUCCUGCAAGACUAGAAACCACUCCACAGUCCAAGCAACCACAGCUGACUCUCUCUUUGUCUCUCUCACCACUGGGACUAUUUAUUGAGCAUGCAUCCGGAUGGAGACCGGUCCAAAGGAACUCUUUGCUGCAGCCCUUUGGGAUCCCCAAACAUGACAGGCAUGAGAUGUCUGAUUAAAAAAUUAACUCUUUGAGACCUAUUUCAUUAGAGAUGGCGUGGCCACAUACAGUACAAGGGUGAUGGACUCAUGGAUGGGGAAAAAAACAUGAAACAAAUGAGCAAAUCAUGUUCCGUUGAAAGCUAGCGGCCUCAUAUACUGCCAAAAAGGAAGACAUUUUAUGUUUGUGAAUAAUCCAACCCACAGUAGUUGUUAAUGUCUAGAAACAAUUGCUGGUUCAAUUCAAGUUGUUGCUCUGUUAUCAUUUGCACAGGAGUAGUCUCAGAAAUUUGUGUCACUGCCUGUAUGUUGCUACUAUUAUAAAAACCAGUAUAUUAUUUUCAGCUUUUUUUUUUUUUUUUUUUUAACCAUCAUUAAUUUCCAAAUAUGAUUUUAGACACCACCAACUGUAAAUGCCAUUCCCUGAAUUACACCAGUAACGGAACUGCGUUACCAAGACUGUUGUUGCAGCUGUCCAAAAAAAAAAGGAAAAAAAAAAAAGAAAAAAAAGUUGGCUUCCAGUCUAUUAUCUGUUUGUGAUUAAAAGUAAAAAAAAAAACUGGAAAUUAAGUUGGGGAAAAAAACAAUAGUUUGUGUAAAGCACCAUUUACAAAACAAAUGCAUUUCUGCAUAAUUUUCUUCUGCUGUUCUCCUUACCUCCUCGUUCUAAAGCUUUGUCUACCUGCAAACAGUCACAGGCAACAGCUAGAAACCAAAGCCAACACUAGCAAUGGCCAAUAGCUUAUAGACAGAAGCCACCAAACUCCUCUUGGUCCGCCUUCUGUGACUUUAAACUAGUACAAAGAGAAGCUUUUGUUCCGCAAACUACCUUCGAAUAACCUCUGGGAUUGUUUCAUUUUGCCCUAUACAAAGAUGAUCACAAGAAAGAGAGAUGGGAAAGAAAUGUUGAUUUUGAUGUGUAAUUUGAUAACUCAUAGAGCGUCCACUUUGGAGACUUUCUGCCAGACGUGCUGUAGGUAAAAGGUGAUGUGACAUUUGAACUGCAGGCAUUUUGUGCUGGUGAUUUGACUGGUAGAGAGCAGCUAACUGUAAAAGUGGAUCAUGACCAAAACAAAAACAUUUGUGUAUUCAAUGGAAGUGCAGAAACAUUGUGUUGUUGUGAAGUUUAUAUAAUUUUUUACUUUUUGUUCUAUAUUUCACAUCAAAAGUCAUUGCUCUUUGUUUUUUUUGUUUUGUUUUGUUUUGUUUUUGUUUUUUUCUAACCUGGUGAAUAUGUAAUGUUCUAAGUGGGACUGUCAAAAUAAUGUCACGUCUUAUUUCCGUGGCGGUUUUGUUCCCGAGCCGCGUCGAAACCGAAACUGAAAACAUCGCUAACCAAACAUUAAGAAUAUCUAGUGAAGCCAAAUAAGUCAUAAUUUCAAGUUGAUAUGAAAUGAUGUGGCUUGGUUACCAUGUAAAAGCAAAUAAUAAUAGCCAUUGCAGAAGAGGAUAUCUAAGGUGAAAGGUAACCUUUUCUAGGUGAUAUUUGCUUUAACUUCAUCAAACAUCAAAUGCUCAUUGUGUGGUUCAUAGCUUCUAAACUAUAUAGAUACAACUGGUGUUAGCACUGAUGUACUCUGUAUAGGUAGCCAGCUUUUUAUAACACACUUGGUAUUUAUAGAGACUAAAGAGAAGUAGUUAUUGUGGAGACUGCGUCCCAUCAUUUCCCUCACAGCCAAUGUCAUCUAGAAAAGUGUUGUUGCUUUAAUGGUCAUUUCUGUUUUCAGUAAACCAAAGUUACACAAAA